CUUAAAUCAAGUCACCAUGUACGGUACCUGUCGGAGGCAUCGCCACAGCCAUCGGUCAACUUGUUAGCAGUGAGUGAGCCCAGAAAGUGUCACCGGGAGCUUAAGCUGGCGAUUCUUGUUUUGUGACGACGGACCCGUGCGUUCGCCCGAGAAACUGACAGCGGAUACAAAGACGAUAGUGUUGCGACCACGAAAAUGUACAGAAUGGCGAGAUAUAUAGAGCUAUUUUUUCUUAUAUUCACCUCGGUGCAGAGUCUGAGUCAGGGGCAAUCGUGGUGGCUGCUCGGGUUGAAGUCACACGUCUUUCAGACAUGGAGCAAAGUUGGAAUAAUCGGUCCGUCGAUCCAGUCGUUGUGUAACCAGCUAGAGGGUCUAUCGCAGGGACAGACGAAACUCUGCCAUCUCUACCAAGACCAUAUGUACCCGAUAAGCACCGGGGCCAAAUCCGGAAUCGAAGAGUGCCAGUACCAGUUCAGUGAGCGUCGAUGGAACUGCAGUACCGUGGACGGCCAGUCGGUAUUUGGUAAUGUUAUGACUAUCGCAAGCCGAGAAAAGGCUUUCACCUACGCUAUAUCGGCAGCAGGGGUUGUUAACGCCAUCAGUCGCGCAUGUCGGGAAGGGGAGCUAGCUAACUGUGGCUGCAGCCGAGCAUUGCGACCCACUGACUUGAAUCGAGACUGGCUCUGGGGUGGAUGUGGUGACAACGUCGAUUACGGGUACAGGUUCACCAAAGAGUUUGUUGACAUGAAAGAAAAUGAAAGAAUCCCUCCAAAAGCGUCAGCAGAGCAUGGUAUAAUGAAAAUGAAUCUCCAUAACAAUGAAGCCGGGCGAAAGGCGGUCCUUUCGAUGGCAGACGUCAUGUGUAAGUGUCAUGGUGUUUCCGGGUCAUGUAGCAUGAAAACUUGUUGGCUUCAGCUGGCAAACUUCAGAGACGUCGGCAACGAACUGAAGGAGAGAUACGACGGUGCGGCCGAGAUUCGUCGCAAUAGAAGGGGGGAAAUCAAAUUAGUGGACAGUCGGUUCAACAACCCCACCGCGUUUGACUUGGUGUAUCUGGACCCAUCGCCGGAUUAUUGCAUCUAUGACCCCAGCACUGGAUCACUGGGAACGGUCGGCAGACUGUGUAAUAAGACGUCUAUGGGUAUGGACGGCUGUAAUUUAAUGUGCUGCGGACGAGGAUACAACACUUUUCAACAGGAAGUGGUGGAACGGUGCCACUGUAAAUUUCAUUGGUGUUGCUAUGUGAAAUGCAAAAGGUGCAAAAAAAUUGUUGACAUGCAUAUAUGCAAAUGAUUGUAUAGCAUUUACGAAGGUGGCAAGAGUUGGCCCAGGGUUGUGUACGAACGUUUUACAGUUGCCACGAACAACAUUUCCAAGACAUUGAUGGUGACAUUCAAUGGAUGAACCAUUUUAGAAGAAAAAACACAUUCAAGGAGCAUGUGUAGAUUUGUAACGACUGCCCUCAUGCGACGGGACUUAUGAGUAUGGAAGAAGCAAAUAUUCCCUGCGAUUCCACAGACAAAGAGGCGGACGGCAAACAAAAACCUCUUGAAAUAUAGAUUAUCAUCAAUUGUGUUAAACUUUCAUUUUUAACGACUUGCUAAUUUUUCAAAGGUGCCUUAUGUAAAUAAGUUGAUAGCAGCUAUAUAACUUACCGAAACUUAUAAUUUUGUAUAAUAGUUUUAAUAUUUGAUCCUGUUUUUCUAUUUAAAUAUUAUUAUUUAAAUAUGAGCGCAUAUUGGUUAAAAUGUAUUUUGCGAUCCGUGGACGUAGUCGCGGUAUCUGCAUCCAUGCUGCGAGUGUAGUUUGAAAAAAAACGCCUGGCAGAUUAUCACGUGGUAUGCGCAUAUUGUCACGUGGUAUAUAGUAUAAUGAUUAGUUGUAAGGUUAUAAGGUCACGGAUUUAUGUGAGUAGCUAAUAGUUUAAUAAAUCAUAUUCGAUAAAUCAAACACGGAGAAACACCAACAGAAAAA